AUGCCCCCCUCCACAAACACUCUGCUGCACCUCCCCAAAAUGGUUCUGGGUUAUUACAACCGACGAGGGAUUAACCCUGAGGCCUUUCUUAAAGAAAUCCGGUUUAUUGCCAGUGACCCUGAUGAGGAGCACUUCUUCAAAGUUACAGAUGAAUCUGCUCUGAAAGAUAUUGUAGACGCCCUGGGAGAACGAAUUUUCUCUUUGGAAGGCAUUAGCAGUCAGGGUCGGGGCUUUGGUCUACAGAUGGCUCAAGCUGGUUUUUCAUCACUUUUAGUCAACGACGGGGUUCUGCUCGGAGCAGUCGGUGCCUAUGACUGGAACGGUGCCGUGCUGAAAGAAACCAAACGUGGCAAAGUUGUUUCACCAAAAUCAUCUUACAAAGACGAGUUUCCGGAAGCCAUGAAGAACCAUGCUGCUUAUUUGGGUUAUUCGGUGGAGGCAGUCGUUUCCUCUCGUGGUCCUCAGCUUUAUAUAGCUGGAGCUCCUAGAUUCAACCACACUGGCAAAGUCAUCAUUUUUACCCUGAAGAACAAUGGGAACCUCACUAUCCUGCAGGCGCUUCUGGGACAGCAGAUCGGUUCAUAUUUUGGGAGCGGACUGUUAUCCAUGGACAUUGACGGAGAUGGCCACACUGACCUUCUUUUGGUUGCAGCACCCAUGUUCUACAACCAAGGCUGGGAGAGAGGAAGGAUUUAUAUUUACUCUCUCACCUAUGAGUCAUUCUUUAUCUUCCACGGCAUCCUGGAAGUGUCCCACCAUCCUCAAAACUCUCGCCUGGGUUCAGCAAUGGCACAAAUAGCAGACAUGAAUGGAGAUGGAUUUAAGGAGCUGGUGGUGGGAGCUCCUCUGGAAGAUGACCAUCAGGGGGCGAUCUACAUCUUUCACAGCCACGGCAAGAUGAUAGGAUCACAAUACAAACAGCGUCUUUCUGGAGCUGGUUUUUCGACAGGUCUGCAGUAUUUUGGUCAAAGUCUUCACGGAGUUCUUGACGUCAAUGGAGACGGGCUUGUUGAUUUAGCAGUGGGAGCACUGGGAGCUGCAGUCAUUAUCUGGCCAAACGACCCCCAUUCCAAAGGGAUGGACCCUAUUCCUGUUUGGUACAGCCUGGUGUUUGAUGACCGACGGUUCCCCCCCUGGGCAGUCCUGGAUGAAUCCCACCGACUGCAGCCCAGAACCCUUUCUUUACGGACUGGGAGUCAGAAAUGCGAACGACUCGGCUUUUCUGUGCAGGACAGAGCGGAUUACAGGCGGCCCAUUGUGGUUGUUAUGGAAGCAGGACUUCAGAACCAGGACAAGGGGCCGGUGUUGGACCCAGAAUGGCCGACCACCUUUAGAACAGAGCUUCCAUUCUGGAAUGGAUGUGAGGAGGAGGACUGCACCCCCGACCUCAUCCUCCACAGCCAAACGGACCUUUUGACUCUUCUACAGUUCUGCAGCAGCAGGAAACAUGCGGCCUACUCCCUCUGCAGCCCUACGAGGGGACAUGAAGAGAAAGUGUCUGUGGUGGAGAGUGGACGCAGGAAAAUGACUGUGAUCGGUCAGUUAGAGAACUCGGGAGAGAACGCAUACAGAACGACACUCAACAUCUCCACCACACCAAACCUGCUCUUCUCCAACAUCUUGAUCAAGGACCAAUCGGAUAUCCAGAUCGAAUGUCCUACUGAGUACAGAACGACCUCCCAGAGAAGCUGCAGCAUUAGUGCACCGUUCAUGAAGUCACUGUCCCAGGUUACUUUUCAUCUGGAGUUGGAGUUCAGCCGGUCAAUCUUUCUGGAUUAUGUUCAAGUCAACAUGGCCGCCACUAGUGAGGGGGAGGAUGGAAACCCAGGUGACAACACCAACAACAUCUUCCUCCCUUUGAAAUACCAAGCCGACCUUCUGUUCACCAGAGACCCCAAUCCUCAUCGUUUUGAGAUCAGAGAUGGCUUCUCCUCAUACGAUGAAGAACCAGAUACAGCCUUUCCUUCCUUUAACCUCACCUUCAAUGUGCAGAAUCUGGGCAUCUUCUCAGUGAAGGAGAUCCUGCUGACAGCAGAUAUCUGGGCUGUGACCAAGGAGGGCAACCAGCUGGUGGACAUCACAGACUACAGCAUCAAGGAGGAGCAGGGAAAUGCUUCAGGCUGUAUUCUCCCUCCUACCAACUUUUCCACUUUAAGGAAGCCAGAGGACCUGACUCAUCUGUCUCAGCUGAACCACAGUAACAGUGUGAGCGUAGCUCUUCAGUGCAGACUCAGCCUGGCUCCCUCCCAGACGUUGAAGCUCAUGAUCACAGGAAGACUUCAACUACCUGCUCUUCAUGCUGUGAGCAUCAGGUCCUUAGAGCUGCUGACUGUAACCUCGAUCCAGCUGGACAAGUCCAAUCCGAUGUUUCUGCAGGGGGACAACCUUGUUAGACAGACCAUCCUGGACCUGAGGAAGGAAGGACGCAGCUCCAUCUCUAUCUGGAUUAUCCUGGGAAGCUCACUGGGAGGCCUGCUGCUGCUUUGCUUUGUCGUCUUGGUCUUAUGGAAGCUUGGAUUCUUCAAAAGACAGAGACGUGAGGAAGAGGAGGAGCAGCCUGCGACCAAUGGGAAGGCAGAGAAGCAGCUAUAAGGCAUGAUGUCAUUACACCUGAUCAAAUUUUAGACAUUAGGUCAACCGGUGACUGACAAUCCUAGAGGUUCCAUCCAGCUCUGACUCAAAGCCACACAGUUAAGAUUCUGCUGCAGCUGAAGAAAAUAGCAGAACUAUUUAUGUAGCAGGACCUUCGGCUGCGUUUGGUAUUAGCUGUAUUUAUUUCAACAGCAAAUGCACUAUUCUUAUUUUUUAUUGUCUGACAAAAUCAUGGUCCACCUCGACCAAAAUAACCACCAAAUCAAUCGAUGUUUGGGUGUCUUUGUUAGCAUGGUUUCCAUGGCGAUGCACAUACAGUCAUACAAAUGAAUGUCCCAUGCAGCCUUUUUCAAAUGUAAAUGCAUUUUCCUGAUGAGCUAUUUCUAGCAGGAGUCAUUUUGACCCCAUCCUCUGCACAUCACAAAUUCAUCUCUGUUAGCAGGAUGCAGAUUGAUCUGAUUCAACUUUUGAUUGAAUAUUAGAUGGAUGUCAGUACCUCUCAGCUAAAAAAAAUCAAUCCACUGGACUUUGUUUCCCAGUUUGAAGACGUUUCUCUCCGCAUCCAGGAAGCUUUUUUAAUUCAAAAUGUCAGCAGGACGGAAUCAACUCAACAAAACCUACAAUGCA